AUGACCGGAUGGCUGACAAACUUGCAGGAAGAGAAGCAGAAGGCGGCAGAAGUCAUUUACACAGCGUACAAAUGUCGGGGAUAUAACAAUUUUCUCUUAUUUGAUCCCCACGUCGCCAUCGAAACUUUGUAUUCAUGGUCAGCUCUGAAUACUCAUGAUCUUGCUGAAUACAUUACACCAGCAAUCAUUGAGCUCACCAAGAACGUUGACAUUAAGCAGCUCCACUUGAUUGGUCACAGUCUAGGAGCUCACAUUGCCGGUAACAUAGGGCGAAUAUACAAGGAGGAAACUGGCAAAACCUUACCGAGAAUCACAGGACUUGAUCCGGCUCGAGUAUGCUUCAAUACUGGAGGGGGUCUUAGGGGUCUGGAGCGCGGAGUUGCUGAUCUAGUCGAUGUCAUUCACUCCAAUUCCGGAGGCUUGGGCGCCAAGGACUCAAUAGGCGAUGUAGACUUCUUUCCAAAUGGUGCAGUGGUGAAUAUGCCUGGUUGCUCCUCUCUCUCGUGCUCUCACUCGAGAUCUUGGCGAUAUUAUGCUGAAAGCGUUUAUCCCGGAAAUGAAAAUGGAUUUCUUGCCAAAAGGUGUAAUUUGUUUUUGGCUUACAAACAGGAAUUGUGCUCCGGUGAAGAUAUAAUACCUAUGGGCUAUGCCACACCUACUAAUGCCACAGGAAAUUACUACUUGGAAACAAAUGCCGAAUCACCUUACGGAUUUAAUUCGAUGACAAGCGUGAAAUGUGCAAACUGAUAUAAAUUUUUGAAAAAUAUUAGCAUUGAAAUAAAAUCUCAUUCUUAGAACAGUUUAAUCCUCACGACAUCUUACUCAAUUUUGUGACUUGGAGAAAAAAAUCAAAUGAUGAGAUUUGUUGACGAGCAAUAAGAAGAGUGGCAAGUGACCAGGAAAAGAACAAUAAA